AUGGACGCGUUUCGUAAAUGGUCCGAGCCGUUCGUGAUAAAUGGUAAUGGUAUACGUCAGGACGUCGGCAAUAGCGAUAACGCGAAUGCAAAAGUCGGGGAUCGAAGGAAUAGAAGUAAAGGUGGAGAAGGAUUGAAUGGAGCUAAGGGCGAAUUUAAGUCCGACAGGCAUGUGAGGCAUCAGUGGGUAAUCUGUUUUCUCUUGGCAAUUGUUCCAGUGUUACGAGAUGAGUUCCGGGCGCAACCUCAGAACACGAGGGUCGCCGCCGGAGAGACCGCACUGCUGGAGUGCGGGCCACCUCGGGGUCAUCCGGAGCCUACUCUCCAGUGGAAAAGAAAUGGGCAUGUCAUAGACUUGGAGUCUACCAAACGAAUUACUUUGGUUGACGGUGGCAACCUAAUGAUUUCCGAUGUUCGCCAAACCGACCAAGGAAAGUAUCAAUGUGUCGCUCAUAAUAUGGUCGGAGACAAAGAAUCUGCUGUCGCUACUCUAACUGUUCAUGGUAAGAAAUUAUUUUUAAUAUUAAUAAUGAUGAUGAUGAUUAUAAUGAUGACAAUCAAAUUAUUGAUAAUAAUAUUUUUUGCAGUGAAACCAUUUUUCUUGGCCACGCCACAAAAUCAAACGGUUCUCGUGGAUCAAACAGCAGAGUUUGCAUGUCGCGUCGGCGGGGACCCGGCACCUGAGAUCCUGUGGCGAAGACACGACGGAAAAAUGCCGAUAGGACGUGGACACAUACUCGACGACAAGAGUCUCAGAAUCGAACGAGUUACACCCCAAGAUGCGGCGACUUACAUUUGUCAUGCUGAAAACGGAGUCGGUGUUAUUUCAGCCAGCGCGACAUUAACCGUCCAAUGUAAUAAAGUAAAGCUAUUUCAUUGUUAUUCGUCGGGUUUCAAGAGUAGUUUAAUUAGAAUUUGCAAUGAGACUUUGUUGAGUCGUCCCUUGCGUCUCGGUCUCACUGAUACUGAGACGCAUUGCCCGGUGCUUUGCCAGAGCCAGUACAGGAACAGAACCAGAAGCAGUAGUAGUAGCAAGGGUGAUUUAAUUAGAGUCCACGAAGAUAGACAUCUGAGAGAGAGAGAAAAGAGACUCAUCUCGUUUUACAUUACAGCACGACCGGUCUUCACAAACUUCCCGAAGGAUGAAACCGUGAGCGGAGGUUCGGACGUAUCAUUCGCCUGCUCAGCCCGCGGAGCACCGAAGCCUUCCAUUUUCUGGACCCGCGAGGGCUCCCAGGAGCUGAUGUUCCCCGGUAAUGUUUACCAAGGCCGGUACAUAGUCAGCGAGGACGGGAGUUUGCACAUCAAGCAAGCCGUUAAAAAAGACGAGGGACACUAUGUUUGCAGCGCAAUAAGCCAAGCUGGUGCUAGCACGGCCACUGUUUUUCUACAGGUAACACCUCUUGAAGAAGUCCCUCCACCAAUAAUAGAACUAGGACCAGCGAAUCAAACACUGCCUCUAAAAAGCACCGCUUACUUGCCUUGCCGCGCAGUAGGAACACCAACGCCGCGAGUCCACUGGCACAAAGACGGUGAUUUAGUGCCCCUAGGAACCCGAAUAACAAUGUCCAGCAACGGAACUCUGAUAGUAAACGAUCUAAUAAUGGCCGACGGCGGACUAUACACCUGCAUCGCCUCCUCCGAGUCUGGCAACACAUCAUGGUCAGCCACCCUGACCAUAAGUUCUGGUACAACCCUCCACAAAACUCCAGACAUCUCAGCACUGCCCCAAAAUCCUAGCAAGCCCAGAAUCGUGAACAUCACCAGCACCUCAGUCACGCUCACGUGGAGUCCCGGCCAAGAAGGCAAAAGCAAGAUAAUCGGGUACAACAUCGAGUACUUCAGCAGCAACCUCAACACCGGGUGGGUCAUCGCAGCAACUGGAGUCACCGAUGACACUUACACCGUCACCGAACUUAAGCCCGACACCAAGUACGUGUUCCUCGUUCGCGCCGAAAACAGCCACGGUCUGUCCCUACCUGGACCCCUCUCCGACGUUGCUCACACCACGAGUCAAAAUCAGUACUCCGUCCCUCAAAUCGAGCUGAUUCGCGCCCGCGACCGCCUUAACAGCGAAAUUCUUCACUUAAGAGAAGUUCAGCCCGUUAGCAGCACCAGCGUCAAAAUAAUGUGGGACAUCCUAGGCGCUGCUGAUCUAGUUGAAGGUCUGUACAUCCGGUACCGCGAAAUCUCAAACAAACCCGAGUACCAGAUGGUUACCGUCUUAAACGCUGGAGCCACCAGCUACGUCCUGACCAAUCUAAAAAAAUACACUCUCUAUGAGUUCUUCUUGGUUCCUUUUUACAAAACAAUCGAAGGAAGACCCAGCAACGUCCAACUAGCGACCACUCUUGAAGACGUACCCUCAGGACCUCCAGAAAACGUUCACGUUGGAAUGAUAAAUAUGACCUCCGCGUUCCUAAACUGGCAACCUCCGAUAAAGAGCGAGCAAAACGGUGAAUUGAUCGGCUAUAAGAUACAAAUAAAGAGCAACAGCAGCAACAAAGUUUUGGGACAAAUGUCUAUCAACGCGACGACCACUUCAGUGACUAUCAACAGCUUAACGACUGGUGGGUUGUACACAGCCCGAGUUGCAGGAUUAACACGCGCAGGAAUCGGGCCGUAUUCAAAUCCAGCGAUUUUGAAUAUGGACCCGGGACAAUUAACGCAAUUACCACCGCGAACUGAUCCUAGUCACGGAGGAAUGUCAGUAGUUACUGAGACGUGGUUUUUGGUUCUGAUGAUCACCAUGGUCUUCACGAUAGUCGGAGGAUUGGCGGCGGUUCUCUAUGUUCGUCGACGACAGGCCAUGAGCAAGCAACUAGGUCACCUCAGUGUGCCUGUAGGAACUGCCAAUGACAUUUGCCAGCUCAACAAAGAUACACUGUGGCUAGAACGCGGCUGGAGGCCGACCAACACUUUGCAGAGCAACGACAAAGAUUGCGAGACCAAGUUGCUGAACAAUCAGCAAAUGAUUGCUCCGGGAAUCGUCAGUAUGGCCGGUUCUGAGUAUGCAGAAGUUAAUCUUACGACUUUUUACAACACUAGGAAGCAAUUGCAAGCACCACCUGAACCUUACGCGACUACAACGCUCUGUGUUGGGAACCGUAGUCCGGAUUCGAUGGAGGGAAGUGGCCAGAAGUCGAACUCUAGUGACUCUUGCAUGAAGCCGGAUUACUCAAACUUGGACUCUAAUCAAGAACACAACCAGUCGACCUUGUCGCCUAGCAGUGACAAUGCCAGCAGCUCGUAUACUGAUGACAACGCUGGACGCUCCCAGCAAUAUCGUCUGAACCAGAACGACAAUACUCAGACGAGUCAGACGAGCAUGCCUAAUUGGUGCGACAUGCUACCCCCUCCUCCUGAGCAUCCACCGCCAUCUGGCGGAACUGGAACCAGCGGAACGUCUCUGUCUGCGAGAAUGCAACAACAGAUGGCGUUUAGUCCGCAUUUGGGGAAACGAAGUGUCGGAAAUGAUUUGGACGGAAUUAAUACUACUAAUUCUCAGAGCCCGCCUACACCUCCGGUGAGAGUCGGCAAUAAUUUUUCGUCAUCUCCGACUCCGUGGAACAGUCAAGUCCCGCCUCAUGAUGCAACUACUAUCGGGAACUAUCAACAAGGAAGGUACACUACUUUACCGCCUCAGACUAACCCACCGCCUGUCCCGUCUUUUCCGCAAGGAUUCACGCAUUACGAUUUUAAGAAUCAGGAAAAUGAGUAUGAAAGCGGGUCUGUGAUUUAUGGGCACCAGAAUGGCCUCGGAGAAGAGUACAGGGGUACGGGGUACAGCAGGCCUAGUCUACCGAGCCAUCACCUAGAUCUCAACCGAGGCGGAUCGCUCAAUGAUGAAGUUUACAGGAACCACAAGGAAGAUAUGUUCAGGAAUGAGAACCACUACCAGCACGAAAAUGAGGAGUGGGACAGGAAAUCCUGCGAUUCUAACACUCAUUCGGAGCUCUGCUGCUCCUGCUCGGAGUCCAGUUGUCUAUAUGCUGAUACGAUGGAAUAUAAUAAUCAGUUUCCCGGGACUGGGGGCAACGGAUGCGGUCAUAAUAAUAGGAACUCGGCGAGGAAUAGAAAUAAUAGAAGCCCGCGUAGGAGGAACAAUCGCGCUGUUUCUCCUACCUACAGCAGCGACAGCAACUACUCCUGCAUCCCUCAGAGACAAUGUGGACCUGUUAAUUCGCAGGAACGGCUCAGGCACAAUCGGAGUAAAGACAAAGUGCCGAGUUUUACGAGAACCGGAGGGUACGCACAGCACAACUCAUCAGCUUCAAACACUAUGAGUAGCACAGGCAGUCAGAGGUACAACAAAUUGAACAGCCUCUUCAACCCCAAUGGAUUAACAGACACGACAACACGGCUAAGCGAUCACCGAGACAGUUAA